UUUACAGCAGCUUUGGCGUACUCUUCUCCAGCCUACCCGUACGCAUACUCGGCUUACCCAUCGGCUUACCCGUACUCGUACUCGUACCCAGCUGCAUACCCGACCGCUUACGCCUCUUACCCGAGCUACGCUUACGCUCACGAUGACGGCAAGUACUGGCCAGGCAAAUACGAGGCAAAGGCAUACUACCCAGCUUACAAGUCCGCCUACCCCGCGGUUUACCACUACUGAACACACUCUCCCGACAACGCUUUCCAAGUCUUCCGGCAACACACGUAGUUUUUAAGAUAAUUUUAUAACAAUUUUUCAACAAUAAAAAUGUGAUCUUUUUUUUUCAACAAACCAA